CCGGGGCGGGCGGGUGACACUGUAGAACUAGCGCGCGUUUCCGGAAGUGUAGUGUUUAACGCGCGCGACAGAUACACUCUGUCACUGCGUAUAAGGGGACGAGCGAGACACCACGCUAAGGCUGGGAGUAAAAGUUGGACUAGGGCUCAUAACGACACGGAAUUAUUAAGGAUAAUUUCCUUCUGUUUGGACAUUAGUAGAAUUUCUUAUCUAGCGGAGUGCAUAACGUUUUACCGACUCAUACCAUUUCGGAUUGAGUUUGAAAUUAACAACUUUCUUAACCAGGAUUGACUUACUGGAGCACACUACAGGGACGUACAGGAAACAAAAGAAGCAGCAUGAAACCAUCUGGUGCCGCCCUCAGCGCUCUGUUGCCCCUCUUUGUAUUGUUGUCAUACACAGGUCUUUCCUUCGCAAGGUCUCUCUCCCUAGAUGAUACUUACUGGGUAGAUAAUGUCGACAAACGAAACUCUUGGUUCAGUAAAAAGUCACUAGAUGAAUUCGGCCCACUAUCUAAUGCAGCCAGCGCCAUAUCACAGCAGACAGAAGGAGACCAUUCCAGGCAACUUUAUAGUUGCUACGUAGAGACAUGUGUACCCGACUUCAUCAUCUGUGCCAAGCGAUCGAGGACACAGCGCGGUUUCAGCAUGUGUAAAAUGGAUCACAGAGUGUGCGCUAUCGAGUGCUGGACCCAGACAAACAAGGAGACGGGAGCGUAACCGGGACCGCAGCGGCCCUGGGACGGCCAAGAAACGGUCUGCAUCCGCCUUACAACAAGAUUCAGACCCGGAACGUACUGAUCAUUGUCAUCCUGCUUGUUUCACUGACAUGUCGUUAUCGUCGUCUAUCGUGUGUAGUCCGCUAGCACCCAGCCGUUGUGUUGAGACUCCAGUCCAUCACCUAGUAGUCAUCAUUCCGUUCAUUAUGGCUUACAUUGUUUCAUUGCGCUCUUCUUGUGUUUCUUUCCACGAUGAAUAAUACAGAAUAUAUUCCGUUAUGUUGCGAUUUGGGGGGGAACUAUCGGGUUCCAUAUAUCUGAGUUUAUCUUGCUGUUGAUCUUUAAUAGAUCAUAUGUCUUAGGAAACUGGUGUAGUAUUCUUUUCAAUGUGUAAAUUGCAUUUUGUAAUCUUUAAGGCUCAAGCAGAUGUAUUUUAUGUAACUUAUUCUAUUUCACAUAUACUACAAAUUGUAUUUUAACCCAGAAUAUUCUAUAUAUUUACGACUGUCGUACAGAGCGAUAGAACCCCGGCGGAUGCGCAUCUCAUUGUUAGAGGACUAUAUUUUGAAUACUACAAUCUGACAUCUCAGGAGGAUUACUACUUAAGAGACAAAUCAGAAAGUCAGUUUUGACCCCUUAACUGCACGAUAGUAACGGUGACAUUCACGGCAGAACCAGGACGUGAUUCGCUCGGCAGCCCGCUUACCAUAACAGCUUCCACUCAAUGAUAUACAAGUCGGCCCCUUGCCUGGGAGCAGGGUCUACUGAUAAAUUCAACCAAGCAAAGGAGCAGCUCAGUCGAGAUGUUUCACGGACUGGGUCGUCUGCUAACAUCCAUGUGAAUUUAAAGGGCUUAUCUCUUCUUAGGGAGUGUUUUGUUGGCUGUCAUGCCAGACGCCUUAGAGAAUGGUGCCGCCGCACGUGGCCCAGGAGGCCGCGGAAGGGGGAGGAGACUGCGUGUCGUGGGAAGGACUGCGAGUCUGCGAGGAGCAAGGCCCAGUUGCUAGCAAUGCACAACUACAGCAGAGAUACUGCUAUUUCCGGCAAUCUUCAAUAAAGGCAAUUCGUCUUGAA